AAGAGGGUGGGUGGUACCGCGCUCAUGGUCCCUUUAAGACCCGACUGGUCUGUGCCCGCGAGGAUAUUGUACUUAAGCUGGCAAGGGGGGUGAUGAGUUAAGUAUCCAGAUCUCCUAGCCCAGUUGGUGAGAUGCCUGCUCGCUCCCGGAAAGCCGCGCCAGUGAACGGAGAAACAACUUCUCCCUGAACUUUUCCCCAGCCCCUCCUCUGGGUCCCGCUUGAAUCUCGUGGGAUGAGGAAUCUGGCUUUAAUCUGCCAUCAUUCUGUUUUUAAGAGACUUGGAGAGGAUGCAGGGAGGCAAUGCACUGGCAGUACUAUGGCUCAUGUUCCUAGCUGUGGCUGGUGCUCCUGGGCAGUAUGAGAAGCCUGCUUUUACCCCCAUCUUCACCCGCAGGCCCUUCAUUGUGGCUUGGAAUGCACCAACCCAGGACUGUGAGCCUCGGUUCAAGGUUCAGUUGGACUUCAGUAUUUUUGAUGUUCAAGCCUCACCUAAUGAGGGCUUUGUGGACCAAAACUUGACCAUUUUUUAUAAAGAACGCUUGGGCCUUUAUCCCUAUUAUGAUGGGAACAAAGUGCCUAUUAAUGGGGGUGUCCCACAAAACAGCAGUUUGCGGGAGCAUCUGGACCGGUUAACAGACGGCAUUAAGAAAUACAUCCGCUCUGAUACAAAGGAGGGACUGGCAGUCAUUGACUGGGAAGAGUGGAGACCCAUCUGGAUCCGAAACUGGCAGACCAAAGACAUUUACCGGAAUGCUUCUCGUAAGCUCGUGCUGGCUCGGCAUCCUAGAUUGCAAGAAGACCAGUUGAAGAAGGUGGCCCAGUAUGAAUUUGAGUCAUCAGCUUGUGAGUUUAUGAGGGAGACUCUGCAACGUGCCAAGAGCUUUCGUCCCCGACAGCUCUGGGGUUACUACCUCUUCCCAGACUGCUAUAACCAUGACUACAGCAAGAACCAGGAUAGUUACACAGGUCACUGUCCUGAUGUAGAGAAGACACGGAAUGAUCAUCUGGCCUGGCUCUGGAAGGAGAGCACUGCUCUUUUUCCUUCCAUUUAUUUGGAGCACGUGUUGGCCAGCACCAUGAAUGGCCGCAAGUUUGUGAGGUCUCGAGUAAAAGAAGCCCUUCGUAUUUCUCAACAACAUCACGAUAACUAUGCUCUACCUGUCUUCGUCUACACCAGGCCCACCUAUAGCCAUACGCAGGAUGUUUUAAGUGAGACAGACCUGAUUUCCACCAUAGGUGAGAGUGCUGCUUUGGGGGCAGCUGGUGCUAUCUUCUGGGGAGAUGCUGAAAACACUGGAAAUAAGGAAACUUGCCAAAUGAUUAAAAAAUACAUAGAAGAACCUCUUGGCCGUUACAUCAUCAAUGUGACAACCGCAGCUGAGCUCUGCAGCCAGACUCUUUGCAGGGGCCAUGGCCGCUGCCGGCGCCAAGAAAGUGAUGCCAAAGUCUUUCUGCAUCUCAACCCAGACAGCUUCCAGAUCUACCGGAAUGAGUCCAGGCAUCCAAAGCCACUUCUGGGGGCCAAAGGGAAGCUCUCUCAGGCGGACAUUUUCUUCCUACAAACCCACUUCCAAUGCCAUUGUUACCAGGGGUGGCGUGGGAGACAGUGCGAGAAGCAGCUGAACCCACCCGGGGGCGGCCCCUCCCUUUCCUACACACUUGGACUCCAGUUGCUGGUGACUGUCUUCCUUCUGGUCUGUUUGCACUAGGCCACCUCUCCAGUGGAAUCUGGGGGUGCAAGGGAAUUCUUGGUGCCUGGAACAGUGGGAGAGGCAGUGCAAUAGGCAAGGGAGAAGAAGGGGCCUCUCCCUCUUAUAUCUCUAUUUAGCAGUAAUGUAGCAGACAUCCUCUUUAAGAGACUGCUCUACCUCUCCCAUCUGCGCCACCGGCCCUUCAUGAGGCAAAAGAGAAAGGACCUUUCUAACCACUGAGAGUGCCUCUGUUCAGAGAGCUGGACAGCUGGAAGAAAGGGUAGUUUUAGAGACUGGCAAAGGCAGGACGCUCCAUGGGGCAUGACCUCCCCUCUGGCUUUUGCCUUGGUCUGCCUGGUGGCUUCUUCACCCUGGGAACCCACAGGAUGCCUUAGGUCAGCCACCCACAAGAGGGGGUCAGACAAGGGACCUGGGGCCGGGGCUACAGGGUCUGAAUGCCUGCAUCCAGUCCUUCAUCGAUACUCUGAUUGAGGACUGGGAAGGGGGUGCUUGGCUCUUCUGUUUUAGGGAGGGAUGGGGCACAGCCACAAGCAAUGGGACCUUGAAGCACAGGCGUGGGAGGUUUCAUGGAGCUGCUGUAAUAAGGAAAAUUGCUGCUGUUACCUGUCUCUUUAGGUAGGUGGUAGAGAAGGAGGUGAAUCCGGGGGAUUACGUGGGAGGGUAGCUGGGAAAUCACUCUUUGCUGACUGGUGGGGUGGGCAAUGCAUUUUUUUAAUGGCCAGAUAAGGCCAUUCAUGGGAAAAACAUGCCUGGUCCACCUGUGGCCACUGCCAACUUGGAAGCCUGCAUCUUUUACAAGAAAACCAAAAAGUUUUACCUCAGAAUUAAAGAGACACAGAGAAAAUCAUGUGUGUUUUGUACUGUGUGAAGAAAUCUUGCCACUUGCCCUGGCACUCUUCCUCCCUUUUACUCUCUGCCAAGAAUAAGACUCCAGCUGGAAGCAGCCUCCCGUUUGCAAUCAUGGUUUUGGCCUGUUUUCUGCACGACUUCCCCAGGGCAAGACUUCUUGUCUUUGUCACAGAACAUGGUCCCUCGAUGGUGCUGAUUUCAAGAUAGGGAGAACACCAACCGGCCCGGGCUUCAGACAGAAGGCCCUUGUCUCUGCUGUGACCAGAGGGACGAAGAUCAAGUAUGACCUCUGCCUCUCUCUUGGUCAGGGAGUGAGAAGGGGGCCUCACCUGCCUCCUUCUGGAGCAGCACUGAGCUAGCGAUCCCCUUGCCCAGUUGUUCCUGCUCCUUGUCAUGGAGUCAGUUUACUACCCUCUUUAGCAAGGCUAGGCUGCUCUCAUGGGCCUGUGCGUCUCAUGCAGGAAAAACAGGAGAGGGAACUUUCCUUUCUUUCAACCUCAAGCCCAACAUACUUCUUCCUGGUGAAGAACAGCUGGCAUUUUGCUGUUAUUAUCUUUUAGGUAGGCCCCAAAGUUUAGCAGAACGGGCCCGGCCAUUUGGCAAAAUACAGACACUCCCUCAACAUCCCAUAAGGAGGAACAAACCAAGACCUAGUGGGGGAUUUUUUCAGAAUAAAGAAUACGUGGAGACACUACAUAACUUGCCUUCUGCUCGAAGGUAGCCUGCUAUUCUCCAAGGCAGCACUGAAGUCCUAAACUAUCCCAAAAGUAAAAUACGUAUUUGUGCAGGUCUCCUUCCAUUUCUUGUUACUCUUUAAAUAAUUCAAUUAUACAAAGUAAAAAAAUGCAGAUUCAUAUAACAUUCAGCAAUCAACCACAAAAAUAAUAAGCACAGUAAUAAAAAUUGUCCGUUUUUAAACGUU